AUUCAUCAUUUUUCACUAAUAAGUGUAGUUUGUGCAGAAUCUUUAAAUGACAAAUUUCAAGAAAAACUCCUCUGCCACAAAGAACUGCCACGACAAAGCAAAGAGCAGGAUAUACUUGAUGUAGUGCCUUCACAUCUGGAAACAAAGGUCUCUCUUAGAGUAUCUGCUCUGUUAUCUGCACUGAUGUGCCCCAUCAAUGGUUGGCUCAAUACAAGGUUUUAACUCUCGUGAAAAAACAAAUAUUCUGAUGUCGUCACAAAACACUAUUUCUUCAGAGAGGUACUGGAAUCAAAAACCCUUGAAAUGAAAAAUGUCCCAAACGAUGCUUUAAAAAUGAUCUGCUUUAUUAAGCAGAGACUAGUGCACUUCAACACAUAAACCUAUGUACAGAAAUUCAGUGGCUUAGCAGAGGAGUCCUUGAAAGAAUAUUUAAGCUAAAAGGUGAAUUUCAGCUGAAAGGUCGUACUUUACUGAAUGCUUUGAAAAUGAAGAAUGACUGCAGAAGCCAGUUUUCAUAGCAGACAUUUUUUUAAACCUAUGAACUGGCUGAACAAGUUUCUGCAAGCCUCAACAACAAUGCUUGAAGUGAUAAGACUUCGAAGGAAAACAGAAUCUCUGGAAAAGUCGUGUGACAAAAGAAAAUUCUGUAAUGCUGUUCGGUCUGGAGAAUGAGGAAGGAUAUUAGCAAGUCUCAAGCAUUACUGAAAACCACCCAGAAGAACUAAGAAAACAAAAUUAAACAAUGUUUUUCCUACCUUUCAACACAAAUCUACACCUGGAAGAAGGACCCUUUCUCUGACUCUUCUGUUCAUCUGAGAACAAAAAUUUACCUUAAGGACAAAAAAUGAGGCAAGAAAAAGAGGGGACAGUUGAUAUCCCAGACAGCUCUAUUCAAGUUUAUGAAUGAUUUACACUUAAGGGUGGCAGGACUUAAUGCAAAUGAACGAGGAGGAAACUGUCAGCUGCAUUGUGGUUCAACCAAUAGAAGCACAGCUCCAUCUUGGAUGUGCACUGGACUGCAUUACAAACAGACGAUACCAUCGCUUCAACAGCAGCCUUCAGACAAGAGGUCACCUGUCUUCAAAGUUUAAAGGAGAGGAAAUAGGAGACAGAAAUACACUGAGCCCACAAGAUUCAAAAGAACCAAUACAAGAAGUAUAAUCCCUAAGAAUGGCCUCUCUGAGCUCCAGCCUCUGGAAUGAAACCACUACAUCUGUUUAUCAGUACCUUGGUUUUCAAGUUCAAAAAAUUUAUCCUUUUCACGAUAACUGGAACACUGCCUGCUUUGUCAUUCUGCUUUUAUUCAUAUUUACAGUGGUAUCUUUAGUGGUGUUGGCUUUUCUUUAUGAAGUGCUUGACUGUUGCUGCUGUGUAAAAAACAAGACUGUGAAAGACUUGAAAAGUGAACCAAACCCUCUUAGAAGUAUGAUGGACAACAUCAGAAAACGUGAAAUUGAAGUCGUCUAGCACUCUACCUAAGAUGAACAAAAUCUCUGCAAAUAGCCUUCAACUACUGAAGAAAAAAGGAAAAUUUUCUGAGGCCACCUGUUAUUAUAAAACUGACUCUUGAGGGGCACCUGAUGGCUCAGUCAGCUAAGGGUCUGACUUCAGCUCAGGUCAUGAUCUCGUGAUUCGUGAGUUUUAGCCCUGCGUUGGGCUCUGUGCUGACAGCACAGCUUCGGAUUCUGUGUCUCCUCUU